AUGGCUGAACAAUUUAAAGAAGCAAGUAAAUGUCUCAUCUGCCUAUCUUAUCUUGAAAAACCCAUGCUCCUCGAUUGUGGCUUUAUCUGCUGCCUCCAAUGCAUCAGCUCACUCCGGAAGGAGCCCAGCGGGGAAGGUGUCUCAUGCCCCUCCUGUUCCGUGGUCACUCAGAAGAAUGACAUCCGGCCCAAUUACCAGCUGGGGAAGAUGGUUUCCAAAAUCAAGGAACUAGAGCCCCAGCUGAGAGCAAUUCUAUACCAGAACCCAAGAAUGCUGAAGUUCCAAGUGGACAUGACCUUGGACGUUGACACGGCCAACAAUCGACUCAUCAUUUCUGAUGACCUGAGGUCUGUCCGUUGUGGACCUCUCAAUCAGAAUCGCAGAGAGUGUGCUGAGAGAUUCAAACAUGUAAUCUGUAUCCUGGGCUCCCCUCGGUUCACCUCUGGACGCCAUUACUGGGAAGUGGACGUGGGGACAAGCAAAGAAUGGGACCUGGGUGUUUGCAAAGAAUCUAUUGAUCGACAAGGGUCAAUUCUACUGUCUUCAGAAUCUGGCUUCUGGACUGUGGGUUUGAGAGAUGAAGAGAUCCUUGCAGCCAGCACUGUGCCUCUAACUGCCCUCUCGGUGAGUCCCCGGUUACGUAGAGUAGGCAUUUUCCUGGAUAUGGAUGUUGGAACCAUUUCCUUUUAUAACCUUAGCGAUGGAUCCCACGUCUUUACAUUCACUAAGGUGUCUGCUGCAGAGCCACUGCGUGCAUUUUUUGCUCCUGAAAAUUCAGUUAACAAUGAUCAAGGCCUCCUGAGUAUCUGUCCCGUGAUAAAUCUGGGCACUGCCAGGUCUCCAGUUCAUCCUGAGCAAGGCAGAUAA